AUGUCUUUAACAUUACAUACAAAUUAUGGAGAUAUCAAAAUAGAACUUUUUUGUUAUGAGACUCCAAAAACAUGCAAGAACUUCUUAGCCCUGUGUGCCUCAGGAUAUUAUGAUAAUACCAAGUUUCAUAGAAACAUAAAAGGAUUUGCCAUUCAAGGGGGAGACCCAACAAAUACAGGAAAAGGCGGGGAAAGUAUUUACGGAAAAUAUUUCGAUGAUGAAUUUCACUCAGUAUUAAAGCACGACAAACGGGGAACCUUGUCCAUGGCCAAUAAAGGAAAGCCAAACACAAACGGGUCUCAGUUUUUCAUAACUUACUCUAGACAACCACAUCUUAAUGGAGUAUACCCAGUAUUUGGAAAGGUCAUAGAUGGAAUGGAUGUUUUAUCAGUUCUAGAAAAUGAGCCAGUAGGUGAAAAAAACAGACCAGUGAAAGAUAUUGUGAUAAAAUCCGUGACGAUACAUGCAAAUCCUAUUGCAGAAGAUGAAGCUGUGUCAACUUGA